AUUCGUGGAUCGCGGGGGACGGGCGCGCGUGCGCACUGCGCAGCCCUCGCAGGAGCCCGGAGCCGUAAGGGCGGCCGCAGUCUCGCGAUCCUCCAGCGCGCAGCCUUUCUUCUCUUCCUGGGUCCUGCGUGUCCGGCGCCGUACGCUCCGUCCGAGAGGAGCACACAGCAUGGCGGAAAACCGAGAGCCCCGCGGGGCCGUCGAGGCUGAACUGGACCCGGUGGAGUAUACCCUUCGGAAGCGGCUUCCCCACCGCCUGCCCCGGAGGCCCAAUGACAUUUAUGUCAACAUGAAGACUGACUUUAAGGCCCAGUUGGCCCGCUGCCAAAAGCUUCUGGACGGAGGGGCUCGGGGUCAGAAUUCAUGCAGUGAGAUCUACAUUCACGGCUUGGGCCUGGCCAUCAACCGUGCCAUCAACAUUGCCCUACAGCUUCAGGCGGGCAGCUUCGGGUCCUUGCAGGUGGCUGCCAAUACCUCCACCGUGGAGCUUGUCGAUGAGCUGGAACCAGAGACUGACACACGAGAGCCGCUGACCCGCAUCCGCAACAACUCGGCCAUCCACAUCCGGGUCUUCAGGGUUGCACCCAAGUAAUGGAAAUGAGGAUGGCCACCUUAUCCACCCACCCCCACAUAAGUAGGCUCAGAUAUGGCUCAUCUUGUACUGAGUACAGUCAUGGACCUCCUACCAGAGCCACGUAAGAAAAAGCCUGUCCCCUUAUAGCCCAGAGGACUCUGAACUGCGAGGGAGAGUAUUGUCUCUUGUUGGGCCCAAGCAGUGGGUCUUCCCGAGUCUUUGUGAUCUGUAACCAUUGUCCUAGACAAUAAAAACUACCAAGUUGUGUUAGUA